AUGCCUGGUGCAAUCUCUUCAGGCACUUUCUCGCGCGAGGAAGUCGCAAAGAACAAUACCGAAGACUCGUUGUGGUGCAUUGUCGACCACAAAGUCUACAACCUCACAGAUUUCUUGGACGCUCAUCCUGGUGGCAACGUAGUCCUACAACAAGUCGCAGGUCAAGACGCCACAACAGCUUUCUACAACUUACACCGACAUGAAGUUCUGCAAAAGUACUCGUCUCUAUGUAUCGGCACCGUGCAAAACGAAACCCCGGAAGUGAUCGAUCCUCAACCUGGCGAUCUGAGCGCAGUUCCAUACGCAGAGCCUACUUGGCUUACGCCCCAAUUCAACAAUCCAUACUACACCGAUUCUCACCGCAAGUUCAGAAAGGGCCUGAGGGAAUUUGUGGAUGCGGAGCUCAAGUCAGAGGCACAAGAGAAAGAAGCCGAUGGCACCUACAUCAGUCAGGAAAUGAUUGACAAGAUGGCAAAGAACAACAUCCUGGCUAUGCGACUUGGUCCCGGUCAGCAUCUGCACGGCAGGACGAUCCCAGGUGGCGUCAAAGGCGAAGAAUUCGACUAUUUCCACGAUCUGAUUACAUGUCAGGAACUAGCUCGGGUCUUGUCGAGAGGGUUCCAGGAUGGCAACAUGGCAGGCAUGUCAAUUUCCCUCACCGCUGUCAGAAGCUGGAUGAAAGACGUCAAGCUAAGAGAUGCUGUCACGGAAGAAUGCCUGAGUGGAAGAAAGAAGAUGUCGCUUGCCAUCACCGAGGCUUUUGCUGGUAGUGAUGUCGCUGGUCUUCGCACCACGGCUGAAAAGUCAGCUGACGGUUCUCACUACAUUAUCAACGGCACGAAGAAAUGGAUAACCAACGGCAUGUUCAGUGACUACUUUGUUGUUGGCUGCAAGACUACCAAAGGCUUCAGUGUGAUUUUGGUUCCAAGGGAUGACAAUGUCGAGACCAAAAAGAUCAAGACAAGCUAUUCUACGGCCGCUGGUACAGCCUUCAUCCAAUUCGACAAUGUCAAAGUUCCUGUCAACCAUCUCUUGGGCGAAGAAGACAAAGGCUUCCAGGUCAUCAUGAGCAACUUCAACCACGAACGCUGGGCGAUGACAGCAGCAGUUAUACAAUGGAUGCGAGCUGUCACGGAAGAGUGCUUGAAGUGGAGUAACCAACGCAUUGUCUUUGGGAAACCGCUCACUGAACAACCAGUCAUUCGUGGAAAGCUUGCACGCAUGAUCCAACACACAGAAGCUACCCAAGCCUGGCUCGAACAAAUCACGCACCAGAUGAACACAAUGUCAUACCAGAACCAGAACAAGUAUCUCGGCGGACCCAUCGGUUUGCUCAAGUCUUUCACGACUCGCUGUGCCCACGAGGUCGCCGAUGAUGCUUGUAACGUCUUUGGAGGCCGUGGUAUUACUCAGGGAGGUAUGGGAAAAGUUGUCGAGCAGUUCCAUCGCACCUAUAAAUUCGACGCAAUCCUGGGUGGAACGGAGGAGAUCUUGACCGACCUGGGCGUCAGACAGGCUCUCAAGCAGAUGCCCAAGGCGAGACUAUAG